AUGUCGGUAUCCGUGAUGAAAAGAAUCCGAUUGUUUGGGUCGAAUAUCGACGUGCCGGUGACAUUGCCUAUCGGUGGUCAGCGUCCUGAUGAAGUUAAUUUCCGGAAAGAACUUGAACAGUCGGAUAUUUCAGCGGGUCAAAGUAGGCUGUUUAUACCCGACAAUUUCUUGACAAAAGAAGAAAGGGAUACCCUCAAGGCCCUAGCAAUGGAUCAGGAGAACCAAACAGCGUCAGCAUCGUCGACACCUUCUUCUUUCUUGUCUCUGGCGCCGUCUUCAUCGUCAUCAUCAUUGGAGAAUAAGAAAAAGAGAAAGAAGGCGACGAAGAAGCCGGGAAUGGAUGUCGAAGUGAAGGACAGCGAAGGGAGGAGGUUUAAACUGAAACUGACUUAUUGGUCGAGCGUUGAUAGGUUUGUGUUGAAUAAAGGAUGGAAUGAGUGCGUUCUGAAGAAUGAGCUUGUCAAAGGUGAUGUCAUCAAGCUCACUUGCCGUGGACGUCGUCCUGGGGGACAUGAUGAUUUUGACGGCAAGAACAACAAUAACAACAACAAUAACAACAACAACAAGAACAAGACAAUGGUGUUGUGUCUUGGAUUAGAGAUUAUUAUUAGAAGAAAACCUCGACAAAAAAUUUAG